CAAGAACAAGUUCUCACAGGAUGUCAAUUUUCUAUCACACACCCCUGAACUGAGCAGCUGAAUACAAGUGUCGCUGAGGACGUCAAGUAUUUUAGUUGAAACAUAUUUUAUGAGAAAGAGAAAAAUACAUAAGAAUUGAAUAUGUCAGCGAACACCUUCAGCUCUAAACUGAGGAGUCUAUUGGAAAAGAGCCCUCUUGGAUCAAAUACUGUUUUUGGUUUCAUCCUCGUUGGCUUGGAGAAGUUACUGGAGAUGGAGUUUGCAUGUCCUUGUGAUUCCAACCACAAUGUUCGACUUGUGGUUUCAUUAUUCAUUAAUCCUGCCAUCCUGGCCUUUGUGCUGAUGAUGAGAAUCCAGGGAUGUGAGUGUGAGGGUAAAACAUCUUUGAAACAGUGGAUAAAACUUGUGCUUUCCAGCCUUGUUCCCCCCUUUUUGUGGUGGAUCCUCCUGCUUUCGGAUGGCCAGUACAUUGCCUGUGCAAAGUCAUCCCAGUCAGGAAGGUUUGUAGUGGUGGACAAUGCUUCUCGACAGAAAUUGUGCACACCGUACAACGGCAACUCAUCACAAGAGUUAAUCCACACCCAGAAAACCUAUGCCCGUUCUCAGGAAGCUGGAAUGUGGGCUUUGAUCUCUAUCACCAUAAUAUCAGUUAUAUUAAUGUUAAUCGAACCUUGCAGCAAGACCCAAGGAAACGUACCCCCUUGAAGAGAACCAACGUCAGGACCAUGAAGCUUCACAAAAUGAGGAGACUGAACGUUUGUAAGUUCUGUAAUGAGAGAGCUACACCACGUGGCUGUUAAUUAAGAAGACAUGUUUUGUUUUGAGCUUUUCAGGAUUCAGAAUGAAGUUUAGCUCUUUAAUAGCUGCUUUCACAACAAACUAGAAUAGUAGAAUUGUAAAGAUGCUUUCUGUAUCUGUCUCAUUUUGUAAACUAUACUUAACUCCAUGCAAAAACUGUCAAUAUAAAGUUUCCUGUAACCAGUCUCAGUAAAUGUUUUGUAUUACAUUGUUUUAUCAGCCAGUUGUUGUUGACAUCUUUGACAUAUUUGUAUGUAUUUCUCUCAUCUUAUUUUAAGUUCUGUAAUAAAGAUUAAUCAUUUUUC